CGGGGCGGGGCCGAGGCCCGGCGGGCCCCGCCGCCUCCCCUCCCCUUCCCCGCGGCGCUCCCUCUCCCUGCGGCCGGUGGGACGGCGCGGGGCUGAGCGCGGCGGGCGCCAUGCGCGGCGGCGGAGCGGCGGCGGCGGCGGCGGGACGGCGGCGGUAGCGAUCAUGGGCGGGCCGGGGGGGCUGCGCCGGGCGCGGCGGCUGUGCCACUGGGGGCCGCUGGUAGCCCUGGCCGUGGUGGCCGUGUGCUCCGCCACCGCCAUGGCGGACGCCGCGCUGUGGUAUUGGCCUCUGGACACCGCCGGGGGAAGCGUCAACUUCAUCAUGCUCCUCAACUGGACCGUCAUGAUCCUCUACAACUACUUCAGCGCCAUGUUUGUCGGCCCGGGGUACGUCCCUUUGGGGUGGACGCCGGAAAAAUCUCAGGAUUGCAUCUAUCUCCAAUACUGUAAAGUGUGUCAGUCUUACAAGGCACCACGUUCACACCACUGUCGAAAGUGUAACAGAUGUGUCAUGAAGAUGGAUCACCAUUGUCCUUGGAUAAACAACUGUUGUGGAUACCAGAAUCACGCAUCUUUCACUCUGUUUCUUCUCUUAGCUCCACUGGGAUGUAUUCACGCUUCUUUCAUAUUUGUUAUGACUAUGUACACUCAGCUUUACAACAGAAUAUCUUUUGGGUGGAGUUCUGUAAAGAUUGACAUGAGUGCAGCCAAAAGAGACCCUCGACCCAUUAUUCCCUUUGGACUCUCCGCAUUUGCUGCAUCUUUAUUUGCCUUAGGACUGGCAUUAGGAACUACUAUUGCUGUUGGCAUGCUGUUUAUUAUCCAGAUGAAAGUAAUUUUGACAAAUAAAACUUCAAUCGAGUCCUGGAUUGAAGAAAAGGCCAAAGACAGAAUCCAGUACUACCGAACAGGUGAGACCUUUAUUUUUCCCUAUGACAUGGGAAGCAAAUGGAAGAACUUCAAGCAAGUGUUUACAUGGUCUGGGAUUCCUGAGGGAGAUGGCUUGGAUUGGCCAGUAAGAGAUGGCUGUCAUCAGUAUAGUUUGACGAUAGAGCAACUGAAACAGAAAGCAGACAAGCGAGUAAGAAGCGUGCGAUAUCGAGCAGUAGAAGAUUACAGUGGUGUCUGCUGCCCUGUGACCAAAGGUGUUCAAACAUUCUUCACAACACCAUGCACUGAAGAACCUAGAAUUGCACUGAGUAAAGGGGAUCUGAUUUUAGCCACAAGAGGCUUAAACCACUGGAUGUAUGGUGAGAAGAUUCUCAACUCAGCUGUUGAUGGUGGAAUGUGGUCUGGGUGGGGAACUUGGUGUGUACAGAGAGGCUGGAUUAGAAUUCCAAAUAACAUUGGCAUUUUUGAGAACUGGGCUUCAAAAAUAGGAUGAGAUAUGUUAGGAAUGUAUAGAAUACGACUAUUAAUAAAUAGGAAGAACAACCUGCACUAUAACAAGAUAAAAUUAAUGAUUAAGUAGCAGUUCUUCUGAGGAAAAAAGUCAAUCGUAAUCUUAAGAUGAGUCAACACUUCCAAGAAAUAAAAAAGCAUAUAGUUCCUGAGAUGCAUGAAGUAAUCCUUCCAUCCUACUCAACAUUGGCAGAGAUUCAGCUGAAAUACUGCCACAAGUAAAAGCAGUUACUCCAUCUCAAGAAAGAGGAAGAUCAACUGUAAAGGGUUGAGAGGAAAACAAUGAGAAUAUUCAGAGUACUAGAAAAUUAAACUUACAAGGGAAAGCUGAAAGAACUGGGAUGGCUUACCUGGAGAGGAGGAGGAGACAGGAGAAAGCCAGGGUAUGUACAAAUAGUAAUCAGCUGCAUGAAAGUGUGUUGUAGAGAAAAUGGUUGGCUGCUGCUUCUGUCCCUGGUGUGUAGAAAGAGAAGUUGUGAAACUGAAUUAUAGACAGAAAGAUUCAGAUAGGAUAUUAGGAAAGAUUUUCUCAAGGAAGGUGGAGCACUGGAGAGAAUCCAUGCAUCCCCAGGCAGUGAUGUUAGGAAUGACUUACGUGUCCUGCCUUGGAGAAGAAGAAAACCUAGGUAACCUCUUGAUGUCUCUUCCAGUCCUCUUGUUUUUCCUCUAUAAUGAUCAUGUUCUGUUCCAAGUUAAUGCAACUUUUCAUGU